UAUCCGAUGGUAAAGGGAUCCGACCCAUUCGCCCAACUGAUCCUCCAUUAUUCCGUUUCUAGACGCUGUUGCCUGUGAGUAAUCUGAGAAAUCAUGAGGGUGUGCACAACACAGUACUCUUCCUUGUUCCGCUGGCUCUUUUGGACGACGGCCAUUCCGGCAGCGUUCGCCUGGAGUCCCAUGAUUCCUUCGGAGCCUCGUCGAUCGCAUCACACAACGCGACCAAAAUUUGGUCGCGUUGCUUCAGUUCUGGCGGCAACUGUGCAACCCGACAAAGAUCAGGCCUUUACCACGAAAUCCUCGACGAGAAUUGCUCAGUCGCGCACGGGUAGGAACGAUCAGAGCCCUCCCGACUUUUUGACGCUGGCCUUUGCCAGUACCGAGUGCGACAACGUCAAUCGGCCUCCGUCGCUCAAUGUCUUGAUUCGCAGUAUAGAACAUUUAACAACGGCCUCCGACGGUCACAUGCUGACGGAUGUUCGUGGAGUGUUUGUAGACCAUGCGCGACUGGGGAGCAUCGCUGCUGUCGCGCACGCUAUUGGGCAACUCCCCGUCGGAUCCGUUCCGCCCCUCACACCCCUGGCCGUCUACUGUCUCGGACACGCUUUUGCCUCGCAACUGCUGGAAGACACUCCAGCUGAGGAGAACGUGACCAUUUUGGUGGGACGUGAUCCUCGUAUCCACGGUAUGCGCUUGGCGGACGCACUGGGACGCGGCGCGGAAGCUGCGGAUCCACGAAUUCGCGUCGUCUACACCGGAAUCGCCACUACCCCAGGCUGUGCCAGUUUCGUCCGUAGUGGACGUGCCGACGCAGCUGUCAUGGUCACCGCCAGUCAUUUGCCUCGCGAUCGCAACGGGCUCAAAUUCUUUCGACGGGCCCGCACGCUCGAUGCACGAGUCGGCGAUGACUCCGCUUCGGCCGUUUCCAUUGCCGAUUUGGGAGCUCGCGCGAUACAAUGCGCCACCGAAUGGCAUUCGGCCGGAAUUCUGCCCCCGGCGAGUGGAAAAGACUCUGUCAUGUGCUCGGCGUGGGUAGACUGGAUGCCCUAUUAUGCAAAAGAACUGCGACAAGCCAUUGUGGACCAAGUGGGCCACCAGUCCUGUGACAAGACCAGCGCCAACGACCAGAUAUCACAACAGCCACUGCGCGGUCUCAAGAUUGUAUUGAAUGCGGGCAAUGGAAGCGGUGCCUUCUUUCACAAAAUCCUCCAGGAGUUGGGAGCCGAUACGACCGGAUCCUUGCACUUGGAAUACAAUGGUGAGUUCCCCAACGGUGUACCCAAUCCAGAAUCACCUGCCAUGGUAUCGGAAACCGAGCAAGCCUGCGCUCUGGUAAAAGCCGAUCUGGGAAUUUUACUCGAUACGGAUGCUGAUCGGUGUGGCUUUGUGGUACCUAGCCGUCACGACAAGAAUACGUACGAGCCUCUCAAUCGCAAUCGCCUGAUUGCCCUUUUGGGCGUAAUCAUGUCCCGGUCCUCUCCGGGGAGCGCCAUUGUGACCGAUUCGGUAACGUCGGAAGGACUAGCGACAUUUUUACAGGGAAGUCUAGGUCUACAACACGUGCGAUACCUCAAGGGUUACGCCAACGUAAUCGGUAAGGCUCGAUCACUCUCGGAAUCCAACGUGGUCGCUGCGAAUUUGGCGAUUGAAACUUCGGGACACUGUGCGUUUCGUGAAAAUGACUACCUCGAUGAUGGCACCUACUGUGCCGUCAAGGUGCUAAGUUUGAUGGCUCGUGAGCGAGCGGCCAACGCCAAAUCCAACUUGCUGGAUUUGAUCGCCGAUUUGGUGGAAUUGGACGAAGUCGCCGAAUUACGAAUGGCGACGCUGGACGACUCUUUGGAUACAAUGCAGCAAGUGUUUGACCUUUGCGCUCUGGAACUGGAGCGUCACGCACAAAAUUCGGAUAUAGAGUGGGAAAUCGAUGUGGACAAUCUGGAGGGUAUUCGCAUCCGAAUUGGUGACGGUCAGUUCUUUAUGCUACGCAAGAGUCUACACGAUCCCAUUAUCAGUCUACAAAUCGAAGCCAGCAGCAAGGAUAUUGCCAGGCGGCGAAUCAUGGUUCCGAUAAUCGAGCUAUUCGAUUCCUUGGAACAGAUUCAAGCACAACUCGAUCUCUCUGUGUUGCGCCAAUUCUAAUUUUUAAACUGCUUAAAAAAUAGCAAGAAAGCACAA